CCCACCUCUGUACUUUACGGCGCCGAUUGGGGUGCAACCGAUGUCUCUGUUGAGGCGGCCGAUGAGAAAUCACAGCAGGAGCUCGAGGACGAUUUCGAUAAUUUCACCAUCACUAAAGCAGAUGACUUGGCGCAGCCAUUGGUGGAUGCGAAUAUUCCGUUCAAGAUCCAUAUAGUGAAGGAUCAUGAUAUGAAGGAGAGGUUGUGUUUGGAAGUGGAGAGGCUUGGGUUGAGUGCAGUGAUCAUGGGAAGCCGGGGGUUUGGGGCAUCAAGGAGGAGCACGAACGGGAGGCUUGGGAGUGUGAGUGAUUACUGUGUGCAGCGCUGCAUGUGCCCAAUUUUGGUGGUGAGGUAUCCCGAUGAGAAAGACGGGGGCUUUUCUAAUGCUGUUGGCGUUGGCAAUGGGGGUUCGGCUAAGGCGGCCGAUAAGGAUGAUUUAAGUCUGCAUCCAGUGCCCGAGGAGGAGCCGGAGUACCAUGACGCUCCAGACAAAUCUACAGGGUGGAGUAGGCGUGAAGGAACUUGGGUUAUAGGGUUAUGGAUCAAGAGGUAUAGGUAUUAGCUUAAAAUUGAAAGC